GGCCAAUGGCAGCGCGGUGGAGGCGGGUCCUCGGUGGUAGGGGAGGGCAGGGGUAGGUCUGGCCCGGGCCGCCCCGCCCUGUCAGCUGUUGGCUCCGGGAGGAGGGGGGGAAGGGAUCGGGAUCCUGAGGGCGAAAUGUUGUGACCCCUGCGGGUCGGCGCCGGUUGAUCGAGCGGAGGAGCCCGGUGUGGCGGCUCCCCCCCCCCCCCGCUGGGUUCCGGAGCGAUCGAUGAGGGGCGCCUAGGCCCGAGGCCGCCAUGCAGCCGCUGCACAGCCAGGCCUGGGGCCGCCUCAGCCGCAUCGACCGAGACAGCGAGAGCCACAUCCUGCUGGUGAACAGCGAGUGGACCAUCGGCAGGAGGAAGGGUUGUGAUUUAUCAUUUCCCGGCAAUAAGCUUGUUUCAGGAGACCAUUGUAAAAUAAUUCGAGAGCACACUGGACAAGUGUGGUUAGAAGACACAAGUACCAAUGGAACAGUCAUCAACAAAUCCAAAGUAGUGAAGAAACAGACCUAUCCAUUGCAGAAUGGAGAUGCAAUUUAUGUUGUCUACAGGAAGAAUGAGCCAGAUCAAAAUGUUGCUUAUUUGUACAAAGCACUGAAUUCUGAAGAAGAGAACGUGGAAGAUUCUAUGGGAUCAUCUUGCAGUCUGGCUGAGCAGAUUAUUAAUGAAACCUCAAGCUUGGACAGCAACUCCAGCCAAACAACAGUGGCCAAUCCGCUUUGUUCAAAGCAAGUUGAACACCCUUCCCGAGAGGAUCCACAGCCAUGCACAUCUAACUACAAUCCCUUCUGUACCUCUGCAAUGGAUUCUGUCGCUGUUCAACCAUCUGUUUCUGCUCUGCAACCAUGCACUUCUUCAACAGGACCAGUGUCCACCACUGUUGGACCUUCUGUACUCGCGCAAGAGACUAGCUGCUCAGCAACGUUUUGGACUCCGUGUCCAAAGCCGCCCAGUCCUCCUCCAGCACCCUCACGGACUUGGGCAGAUACAGAAAGCACGCCAGGAUCCGAAGCCCUCGUGUCAACUGUUUCUGAUGUCCUAGCCAAAGAGGAGGACCUAGAACCAGCCAAAAAGAAGCAGAAAAAGAAUGAUGGAACUCCAGAACCAUUGCAGCUCGGUGAAGGUCAGAGUUCAAAUGUUAAGCAUGAGGAUCAAGGAACCUUGGAGGGAAAACAACCAGAUAAAAUGGAGGAAACACUCACUUGUAUCAUCUGUCAAGAUUUGUUGCAUGAUUGUGUCAGCCUUCAACCAUGUAUGCACUCUUUCUGUGCGGCCUGUUAUUCAGGGUGGAUGGAGCGGUCAUCACUCUGCCCAACUUGUCGUUGUCCUGUUGAACGCAUCAGCAAGAAUCACAUGGUGAAUAAUCUAGUGGAAGCUUAUCUCCUGCAACACCCAGAGAAAUGUCGGAGUGGAGAUGAACUCCAAAGCAUGGAUGCCAGGAAUAAAAUUACACAUGACAUGUUGCAGCCAAAGAUUAAACGGUCAUUCUCCGAUGAAGAGGUUAGCUCCGAGGAUUUUCUGGAACUAUCAGAUGUGGAUAGUGAAUCUUCUGAUAUUAGUCAGCCGUAUAUUGUGUGCCGACAGUGUCCUGGAUACAGGGCUGAGAACAAUCAGAGUACUUUCAUGCCAGGUCAGCACAGUGGAACCUGUGAAUUGCCAGGUUUUAGAACAACCGGUGAUGCCCCCUCAACCUCUACCUGUACUCCUGUUGCUGUCCAAGAGUACACCUGCCCUGUUCGGGGUCCUCAUACAAUUUGCACUUGCUGUUUUCAACCGAUGCCUGACCGGAGGGCGGAACGUGAACAGAAUCCAACCAUUACACCUCAACAAUGCACAGUUUGUUUGCGGCCUUUCUGCCACAUGUACUGGGGCUGCUCUCGAGUAGGAUGCUCAGGAUGCUUGGCAAGAUUUUGUGAUGUAAAUUUUGGUGAAAAAUGUUUGGAUGGAAUAUUAAACAACAACACAUUUGAAUCAGAUAUCCUGAAGAAUUACCUUGCAUCCAGAGGCCUUACUUGGAAAGAGAUGCUGCAGGAAAGUCUUCUAGCUCUUCAGAGAGGAACAUUUGUUCUGACAGAUUAUAAUGUUUCAACAAAUGCUGUCCUCUGUUACUGUUGCGGACUACAUAACUUCCGUGAGCUGGCCUAUCAAUACAGGCAGAACAUUCCUAAGGAGGAACUUCCAGGAUCUGUAACUGCACGUCCAGACUGUUACUGGGGUCGAAACUGUAGAACACAGGUUAAAGCACAUCAUGCUAUGAAAUUUAACCACAUCUGUGAGCAAACUCGUUUCAAGCACUGAAGGUGUUCAAUGUCAAAGCCAUGAAGCUCUUGGAGAUGAAGAUUGAAAGGAUCUGAACUUUAAAAAUAGUCAUUAGAAAUCUUUUUUACAAACUUAUGAGGCUCUGAGUCAUUGUAAAAUUUAUACCUAAAAAGGUGAAAGGGAGAGAAGUCGACCAGCCAGCACAGAAUUCACCCAUUUUUCUGCCGUGUGGUAGGAACCUAGUGCUUAACCAUUUUUUAAAAAGUUCUAUGUUAAAAGUGCACAGCACACAAUUUCAGACCAAGGCUUGCAAAUGUUUACUCUCUACUACUGUAAUAUCAUGUUUUCCACAUAAAAUUAAUUCUUGUUUUGAAACUGCUGUGCAGUUAAUAUAAGAGUAUAAUUUUUUUAUUUAAAUUUAGAAGAACUAGAAAUGCAUCAUCUUUUAAAAAUGUUGCUUUUAUUGAGCAAGGUUCCAGGGAAAUUCAUUAUGGAAUAGGUAAGGCACUAAGAAUGUAUAAUUUCGUGCCCAUUCUGGUGACCACCUGAAAGUAUUUGUUCAACAUCUUUUACAGAAACUGAGCAUUGUGAAGAUUUAAUUUCCAACAAAGUAUUUUAAGUGAAAGAUUCCCUUGGACUGUUCUGGGAGCUGUUUUCACUCCUGACCAUAUACUUCCUUCUACUGCAAACACCUUAAUUGUCUUGAAUUCAGCAGGCCCAGAAGUUCCAUUUCCAGGCACUGAUUGGGUGAUAGUGGCCACCAAAGAUAGGGAAAGGGGGCCACAUAUGUGUUUGGUUCUUAACAGUAAACCUGUGUAGGAGAACUGGCUGCCAGUUGUACUUGCCUCAGGUGCUUGACUGCAUUUUAAUCAAUGGAAUCGAAUGUGUGGGAGGCGAGUGCAGUCGUACACAUUCAGUGGUAGAAGGUGAAGGCACACUUCUCCCCCAGCUUCCCCUCAUCCAUAAGAAAGUCAUUGUGAAUUGUUAUGUGUUUUUAUUUAUAAAUUGCUGCAGGAAUUUUCCAAGUUUAGAAUCCUGUCUGAGAUUUUUCUUCCCUCUUGGGGCUCCUUGUUUGAGUUACAGUCCUUUGUGCAUUGGGGACCAAUCCCUUGCUCAAGUGACCAUGAUUUGUGUAAGGAGCCAUGCUAGAAAGUGUCUGUAGGCUUUUUGUGGGGAGUUUUGCAGUCACAUCUGAACCACUCUUUAACCAACAUGGAUGUCUGCACGUAUAAGUACUAUUGGAAAUGCUUGGGAGUGGCUGAUGCUGUCUGGUAUUCCUGGAGUACUGAGGAUGUUUUGCACCAAGGAUAUCAUAUAGCCCAUUAAGCUAUCUCUAUAAUUAAGUUGAAUCAUGAUUGAUAGUCAUACAGCAAAGAAACAGACCCUUUAGCCCACUGUGUCUAUGCCAACCAUCAAUUCCACUUACCUUCUCAUACUCAGCAAAGAUCCAAUUUGUUCCACAAUCCACAGCUUUCAGGGGAGGCUGUUCCAGAUUUGUACAUCCUACAUGUAGAAAAAGCCCUAUAUGUCUUUACUCUUGACUGGUCUUGAUCUGGUUUAAUUUGUAGAAAACUAUUGCUAUAUCAGCAGAAGGACAUGAGGAUUCCAUACUAGUUUAUAUCUGGCUCAGCAACUUGCAGAGUGAACUUGUUCUUGCAGAGUUUAAGAAACUUUCACGUUUCAUUUGCGAUGUGGCAGAGCCUUGUGGCUGAAAUCUCGUACAGAGACAAAAUUGAACAACAGUAGAGCAUACUGAAACAAUGUGGACAGUUGAAUCCACUGUAUAGUCUUGAGUCACGAAGUCUAAUGAUCCAGGCUCAAUGGUGUUAGUUGAUCUCGGCUGAUUGGGGUUACUGCAGCUGACUUCAGUGCCCUGAACCAAGGAAGAGAAGAAUUGGCAAGAUAUCCUGCUUCCCAGGUGCGGACAAUUUUGGGACGGGCUGUGAAUCAGUUCACAGUGGACCAGCUUAUUGAAGGAUCGUUCCAGACCCCUGAUAAAACCUGGUUGUGUCGAAGUGAGCUCCAGCAAAGCAUUUCACUAUCAGGAGGAAAUUGAGUACAGUCUACCUCUGAUCUAUUUCACCAACCAAAUGUGCAUUUGAAUUGAGGAAAAUACUGCAGAUUCUGGACAUGUGAACAGUGCUCAGCAGGUCGAGCAGCAUCUGUACAAAGAGAAGUACAUUUUAAUGUUUCAGGCUGAUGACUUUUCAUCAGACCUAGGAAAAGUUAGAAGUAAGACAAGUUGUAAGUGGCAGAGAAAGAAAGGCGGGUGGGGGCGUGGGGAAUGGAAUAAUACAAAAAGGCAAGUUGUUUGAUAGUGAGGACCGGGAGACUUUGAUGCUUCCUAGUAAAAGCACUGAUUAGGGCAUCAGGGUGGGCUGUUUCCACACUGAAAGUUUUAUGUAUUUCAAUUAUAUUCUGAAUUGCUCAUCACAUGAAAACAGAAGGUGCUGGGAGCACUCAGCGGGUCAGGAAGAAAGAGAAACUGAGUUUACAUUUCGGGUCAAAGACCCUUUGUCAGAACUGGGGAAGAGAGAAAUUAGUUUCAAAUUACCAAGAGGUGGGGUGGCAGGGAAGGAUGUAUUGGACAAAGGGACAUUCUCUGACAGUAAGGCCAUGAAGAUGAGCUGUAGAGGUCUAAUGCUUAGAUGUAUGUUCAUUAUCAAUAUUGUGCAGUGCAUUUUCAUUAGAAAUCCAAGGACAUUUAUGGAUUGCGAACUAGCUCUUUUAAAAUCAAAAACACAAUUUCACUAUAUCACUAAAAUUAAAGUACUAUUGAGGUAAAUGAAAAUGUCAUGCAAGGGAGAAAAUAACAAAAUUGUGUUCGCUUCAAAUUGCUACAUUGGAACAAUUUGUUCCUUGUCUUAGUCCGGGUCUUGCUACGUGAGAACUUUAUUUUGGUAAAUUAAUUGAAUUUAUUUGGGUGAAUUACGAGGAGAUGGAUGACCAUUUCACCAGUGUUAAAAUGUACUGCAUGAAUAUUUGCAGCUGUUUUAUACCAUGAGCUGAAGCUACAGAACUUUGGUAAGAACCUGCGAACAGUAUUUUGUGCUUUUGAUGUUUAAUUCUUGAGUUUCAGAAAACUUAUUUCCCACAAGUGAGUCUCAGUAUAUAAGGUCGUGAUCAAAACAUCUGUCUGAUUUCCCCUACAACUGGGCUCUGAGUAAGGCACAUAAACAUAAUAUUGUGAUUUUUUAACUAACAAGACCCUGAAAAGAGAUGACCCUAUGGUUUGUGCAUCAUAAAGAAAAAGAGUAUAUUUGGCCCACUGUGGCUGUGCCAGUUCUUUGAAAGAGUUCUCCAAUUCCCCAAUCUUUCCCUGUAGAUUUAUCCUUUUCAAGUAUUUAUCCACUUCCCUUUUGUAUGUUACUCCGGAAUCUGCUUCUAACGCCCAUUCGGUAGCAUGUUCCACAACUAGACUGAGAAAAGAAAUUUUUAUUUUUAAUGUAUGCCCUCCUGCUCGGGGUACAGUUUCUCAAGUAUCACUUUCAGAAUCUAUCCUUGACCUCUGCUCUCAUUUCUUGGGCCACUGGCACCCUUGGUAAGUCCUUUUGAAAGUGUGGUAGUCAGAACUGGUCUAAACUAGUCUAUAGCCAAGACUCAGCCUGCAUUUUUAACAGCCUCCUUGCUUUGUUCAGUCAUCUUCAAAAACGUAUCUAUCUGAAACAAAUUUCUGUUCUAGCAUUGGCUUUAAAAUUGUAAUAUUUUGUUUAUUUAAAAAAAACACAAUACUGCAGCUGCAGGACAUCUGAUGACCUGAGACAUCUCUCUACUUUUGAGUGUUUCCAAUAUUUUCUUUCGCCGUUUCGUUUAUCUCUUUGUUCUUGCCAGAAUACAUCAGCUCACACUUCCCUGCAUUAAAUUUCAUCUGCCUGCUUCACCUCGUCUUUGUAAUUCUCAUUGCUUUGCUUCCUGCCAACUUUUCCAUUGGUUUUGUAUACCAUCUUCAUGUCCUGAAGGCUGUAAUUCAUGCUAGUUUAUGCUAACUUGAUGAAUUCCAACUCUCCAUUAUAUUACUUGUAUGAAUCUCCAUUGAUAGGUUAUCACUGAUUGUCCCUAACAGCAGAGGCUACCACCAACCUAGCUGCUCUAACUGCCCAUGAUUACACCCUUCUCAUGUUCACUGGCACCCUAGUCAUUUGCCCAUUUGUGUUCCUGGGCUUGCCUUUGAUCUUGCAUUCUGGAUAACAAGGAUGUUGAUUUUUCUGGCAGGGCCCUGCACGGAUUGGCAAAGUCUCAAGCUCUGUGUGAUAUCUUUUCAGUGCUGCAUAAACACGGCUAAACUGGCAGCUUUUGCUCAAGUGUGCAUUUUGUACUGAUUAAAAGCAGUUAAGUGAGAUCAGUUUCCAAGGCCCAGUAAAAGCUAUCCAGUUUGAUUUAGCAAGAUGUUAAGUAGAAGUAAAUGUUACAUCUGGUGUUCUGCUUAGGAAUUUAUAUAAAAUUUUCAAUCCCCAUUGAAUUGUAGGUUGUUAAUUCUCAUCCAUUUUACACCUUGCACAUUUACCCACUAAACUGAUUUCAAAGCUUCUGCACAGGCUAAGUUAACAGAAAAUGGAGAGCUGGAAGUCUGAGAUGCAAGAGAAAUGCUGAAUGCACAGAGCAUUCAGAGAGGGUGCAUCUGCAAUAGGAAAACACAUCUGAUGCUGUAAAUCUAAAAUGUAGUAUAAAAUGCUGGAAAUGUUUAGCACCAAAAGUCAAUGAAGAGUCAUCCAUCUGGAACAUUAUCUGUUUGUAUUUCCACAGAUGUUGUCUGAUUUGACUGUUUCAGCAAUUUCUACUAAUUUUAAUCAUACAGAUCUUGCUGCAUAUUCCAGUUAAGUAAAUAAUGGUCGUGUAAUUCCUAUACAUUUUAAACCAUAUUUCCUAUGGAAGCAAACUUGAGCAAUAUCUGGAUAAGCACUUGAAUCAAAGUGCAGGUUAAGAGCCAAGUGCUGGUAAAUGGGAUUAGUAUAGAUAAGUGCUUUAUGGUCACCAUGGAUGUUGUGAGCCCCAGGGCCUGUUUCUGUACUCAUGACUUCCUGGAUAUGAGGAGCUGAUUAUGAUAGAGUUAAAUUGCUGUAACCAAACACUGUAGGAAAUCAGCUACUUUUGCACUGAUUAUCACAAAUACAGUUCCAGUUGUAGAAUCUUGCAUUGCACAAAACUGUUCAACCCAUUGUGCAAGUAUUGACACUUUAAUCCCAGUUCUGUGUCUAACAUUUGAGAGCUGCAGUUACUCCUAAACAUUGUACUUUCAGAAAUGUGGAAAACUGAGCUCAUUGCUGCUGUUAUAAAUGCAACUUCAGCCAAUGUCUAAUUCAUUUUGCUUUUUCACCUUGAAAGUGGCACUUUAGGAGUAAGUAGAUUGUCUGCUCCCAUUGCCUCUGGGUUUGAUUGAACCAGGCUUUCUGAAAGCAGCAUCAGUGUCCUGAAGCAAACCACAAAUGCUUUGUCUUGAGAGAUGUGGAUGCCAGAAUGAAGUUGGCAAGCCCUGUGUUUUCUUGGCCAUUCUCCUAUUUUCUGUCAACCUCAAUCCAAAGACCAGUAUUCACAUUUUGCGUGGUACUAAGGUUCCACUGAAUCAUCGCCUGAUCCGCACUGGCUUCUCAUCCACCAUCACCUCAGAUUUAGGAAGGAAGGAGGCCACGAAGAGACAUAUGGGCAAGAAUUCUAUGUCCAUACUGUCUCUAUUCAUAGUUUCCAACUGUGAGCAGUUUCCUUCUCUGACUCAUUGCCACUUGCCCAAUAUUUACAGCUAUGCCUUUGGCAACUUCAACCCAAUCUCUGGGAUUUCAUGCAUCUUCCUCUCCCUUUCAGAUUGCAUAAAAUCCAUAUUUUUUUUGGUUUGGUCUCUUGGCUGCUCUUAAUACCUUCUCCCUUGGCUCGGCAAAAAAAAUUUGAUUGCCUUUCAUCAGAGCUGUACUUCACUAGUGAUUCUCUUUGUUUUUUUUUCAUUUGGGUAAUGUUCCUCUAUCAGAAUCCAGAUCAAUUAUCUAAAUGUUUUGAUAGUGAAACAUAACAUUAUGAAGCAAAAUGCAAGUUUGUUAAAUGCGCAGAAAUGCAUUUGAUAUCAAUUUGACUGUGGUGUGCACAUGCUUUAUCAUUGAGAAUGCACUAAACUGAUGCCUUUUGGCUACAUUCCUCCACAGCCAAUGAAUUACUUUAGAUUGUGGUCACUAUCAUGUGAACAAACAUGGCAGGUGGCUGUGAAAUGCACAACCGAUUAGUUUUUGACUGAUGCUGUUUGAUGAAGAAAUACAAAUCAGGGUAACGGGAUACUCUGGAAAGAUAGCAUCUCUGCUAAUGCAGCAUUCGCUGAACACUGCAGUGAAGAACUUGUCUUGUGGGGAUUGAGGUUGAACAUUGAGAUUAAGUGCCAUACUGGAACAGCCAUGUCCCUAAUGCUACAAGCAGCUUUAUACAAAGGAGACAUUGCAGACAACUAAGGCCACAGUGUUGUUUUGUAUGUUUUUUAAAAUUCAGAAUGAGUACUGCCUGCUGAUUUAUGGAGGUCCACAAUAGUGCUGAAAAUAAAAUUGUUCACAGAAAACGACAGUACUUAGUUCCUGGCAUCAACUGACUUUUCCUUUUGGAGUUAUUGUCUCUUUGGUAUUUCAGUACCAGGCACCCUCCCAACCUCCAAUGUCAGCAGUCAGCAACUGCAGACUGAUUUAUAUAAUGCCUUUAACUCUGGAAAACAACCCAAACAAUUAAAGACGUGUCACCGAGCAUCUUGAGAUUUAAAUCCUGAUUCUUUCAUCAUAGCAUUGACAGUGCAUUAUUAUUCAUGGCUGUGAGAGACUUUGGAACAGGCUGGACUGGUGAAAGCUGUGCUUGGAAGCUCUAGAAUUUAUUGGCCAUUUGCCCCUUAGCUGCCAUGUGAUACUAUGUGUAUUAAAUUGCUGUUUCACUAUUUAUUUCUCAAAUACUUGAAGAUUUUAGGAACAUAAUUCUCUAUGCAAUGGUGACUACCUGAAACCAGCUUUGGUAGUAGACAACUAUUUAGCAUUUUCUCCUAUAAACAUUUUUGAGGGUCUUGAAAUGGUGUGGAAUUAAACAUUUGAAUUGCUGCCUAGUCAGAUAUGGUUUUCACACUCCACCCUCUUGAAAUGUCCUUAACUUGUGACAAAAGAACUAAUUGUUCAAAUCAUUGCAGCAGAUGUCACCAGAUUUUCAGUUUUCAGGUAGUUUUUAACUGAAUGAAAUAAUUCAAAAUAAAUCCAAAAAACCUGGUGCAUUUUCUGAUGUUUGGAACCUAGAGCUGUUUAAUCAAGGUUUAAAUGGAUGUUGCUUUCUGUUAAUAUUAAAUGGUCUAGGGUUGGUAUUAGGAGGCAAGCAGAGAACUACUGUAGUUGCCCUUAUCCCUUUAUUAGAACUUGUGUACUAGAAUCUACAGGAAGUCCAGGGGAAGUUUUUAGUUAACUACUAACCAGCAAGUUGUUGGUAUGUGAAAAGAAACUGGAGCACCUGGGGGAAACCCAUGCAGUCACAGGGAGAAUGUACAAACUCUACACAACUGGAGGUCAGGGUUGAAUUCAAGUUGCUGGAGUUGUGGGACAUCCAUCUCUCUGAAGGAAAAGUCCAUUUUUGAGAGAGAGUUAAUUAUAGUAUAUAACUUACAAAUUAACAUUGGGAAUAAAUUUUAAAUCAAUGCAAAUGUAUGAGCUGAAAUCUUCAUCCACUUUCUUAACCUUUUAAACUUUGCAUUCUAUUUCAAUUUAAUGUUCAUUGAACAACGUUGCUCUUUUUUGUUCAAUUACACUGGGUAGAGUCAUUUUUUGGCCUUUCUAACUGGUAUGUGGGGGUCUGUAAUUAGACCUAUUUGCAUAUGUGCAUGCAAGCAGGUGCUUAAGAUUGCAAUUUUCAGUUCCUUCAUUGGACUGGGAAUCAAAUCUUUCGGUUAAAUGAGCCAAGUUGUGUCUUUGCACUUUAUCCACUGUAUCAGUAAUAGCACUGGUUAGUACCGUGGGGCAGAAAUCUAAGGGUAUUGUUUCAACCUAGUUUAAGGUUGUAAGCAUUCGCACUAAAAUGGCUUUCUGAGCCCAAAUUUUAAUUCUGUCUUAGAAUUUUGAACAUAUAAUUGAAUUACAGGUUAUUUCUGAAGGUUUUCUAAUACUUCUGUGGUGUUCUUUAAAUCCUUGCACUGUAGCUUGCCUAUAACAAAGUGAUUUAUGCAGAAUGGGGAAAUCAGAAAACAACAUUUAUUAUGAACUAGUGUUUACAACAUCCAGGAUGGUUCUGCAUUAGCUUCUUAGAAACCUGGAUUGGUUUACGUUAACUGAUGGACCAAAGGAAGUAGUGUUGGACAUCUUGUUGGAGGUUGCUUCUGGAAUAUCUAGAAGCACUUGUUGAAUGCUUCACUACUUGCUCAAGAAAGCAUCUCAGGGCACAUUCUUUUCUCUUUGCAGUCAAUAUAAUACAAUGUUUCAAAGGCAUAUAGAUAUUUUCUAUUGGGCACAAUUAUCAGUCAUUUAAAUGUUAGGUUGCUGGGUGUUUGCAAAUGAUAAGAACUUAAAUAACUUGAUGCUCUUUGGUUUUUUUAUAUAUAUCUUUCUCUAAAGGCAAGAUAGUUGCACACAUUCAGGCAGUGAUGUCCUGAUCUGCUCACUCAUGUAGAAAUGAUGGCCUGAAAUUGAACUAGAAAUAUAGUUGUUAACUUCCUGCAAUAAAAUAAAUGUCAUUGCUUAGUUAAAACAGAGUGGAAAAUAAGGGCACUGAUUUCAGAGUGGGAUUAGAUGGAUGUUGAAUUUUGACAAUAAAUUAGACCAUUCCCAGACAAAUUUUAAUUUUUUUAGAAAGCUGAAUUGUGUGGUUUUUAAAUAGAUCCAGAAUUCACAGGUUAUUCUGAACUAGUUCAAUGUAUAGUGUUGUGACAGUUUUACCUUUCUUUAGUAAUAUGAAAUGUGUUCAGUGUUUGGUGAUUUAUUUGAUAGAGAUUGUUCUUACUGUUUCAACUGAAAAAUGUUGGUGACUUCGGUUUCUGUAAGGACCCAGAAAAGAGAGAAUCCUCAAAAUUAGAAAUCAUUUAUAAAAUAAAGACCACAACCUUCAUGAGAGAUUCUGGACAUGUCUUUACUUCAGCUUCUAUGGGAUUUAUUCAUUCCAAAUAUUGACAUGCUAUUGAAUAAGUAAUGUACCUUUUAGAUUCUACGUGCGACUUUUCAGAAAUUUUGAGUUUCAAGGACUGUUAACUGAAGCAAGAUGUUCCAUGAAACAAAGGGACUUAAAGUUGUUGCAUCAUCUGUGGACAGAAUAAUGGCUAUGCAAUUAAGCAAAAAAUUCAUCAGCUUAACUAUAAAAAUGAUACGGGUAUCCAUGUCCUGGGCUGUGCCAUUGACCUCAUUGAAUUGAUUAAAUUACCAAAUCUUACAAGAAGGGAAAUCAUACCGCCUGUUGUACCUGUGCCAGCUUUUUGAAAGGGCUUUCUUGCUCUUUCCCUAUUGCCCUAUAGUUUACUUCACCCUUCCCCUUUUAGUGUGUGACCAAUGCCCUCUGAAAGACGGUUUGGACGCACUCCCACUGCCCUUCAGGCAGCUUCUUGGUUAUUUUGAAGAAUAGGAAGCGAGGUUCAGACCCUGGGGGUAUGGUGGCCUAAAUCUGUUGUGACUGCUUAUAUUAUUUUAGCAUUGGCAGUUGGGAUUGUCAGAACAUUAAGCCUGCAAUUCAUUAUUUUGGAGUGUUUGACUCUCUGACUCAUGUUGUUUUUGUAGUUUCUUAAUGUGUGAUGCUCAGAUCUUGUAUAAAUAGAAACCUGGACAAAUAACCUCCUGUUGUAAAAAAAAAAUGCAGAUUAAAUGGAACUUCAAACUUAA